UAAACAGAUGACCAUGGUUGCUUAGUAUAACUAAUCACAGGUGUGAAACUAAUCAAUAAGAGGACAAAACACUCCAACUCUAGUCAACUCUUCUUGUGUAUAUAUAUAGAGAUAUAUAUUCCUUCUUCUAACCGCACAACAAAGUACACAAAGAGAGAGAGAGAGAGAGAGAGAGAGAGCGAGAGAGAGAAAGAAUCGAAGAGAUCUGUUGCGGAGAGAGAGAGAGAGAAUGUCCAUGGCUUUGCUUUUCACCUCGCCGGCGAUGAAGCAUAAGCCGGCGGCGAUUACUUCUUCUCGCCGUGAAUCUUCUCAUCCUUCUCGUCGUCUUCGAGUUUCAUGUGUCACUACGAACCCUCCUAGGCAAAAAAACGAAACAUGCAAUCAGUUUCGACCUAUCAAAGAAGUGAAUAACCAAAUAACACACACAAUACCACAAGAGAAGCUCGAGAUCUUCAAAUCAAUGGAGAGUUGGGCAGAACACAAACUACUACCUUAUCUCAAACCCGUCAAAGAUUCAUGGCAACCACAAGACUUUUUACCGGCACCGGAGAACGACGAAGAGUUCUACGACCGAGUGAAAGAUAUCAGAGAGCGAACAAAAGAUAUACCAGACGAUUACUUUGUUGUUCUUGUCGGAGAUAUGAUCACAGAGGAAGCACUUCCAACAUAUCAAACGACGUUGAACACACUUGACGGCGUUAAGGAUGAAACCGGUGGUAGUUUAUCGCCGUGGGCGGUUUGGAUUAGAGCUUGGACGGCUGAGGAAAACCGUCACGGUGAUUUACUCAACAAGUAUCUUUAUCUAACUGGUCGUGUUGAUAUGCGACAUGUUGAGAUGACUAUACAAUAUCUAAUUGGCUCUGGUAUGGAUUCGAAGUUUGAGAACAAUCCAUACAAUGGAUUCAUCUACACUUCAUUCCAAGAGCGAGCUACGUUCAUCUCUCACGGCAACACGGCGAGGCUAGCCACAACCUACGGCGAUAUUACCCUAGCGAAGAUCUGCGGCACGAUCGCCGCCGACGAGAAGCGACACGAGACAGCGUACACGAAGAUCGUGGAGAAGCUGUUCGAGAUAGACCCCGACGGAUCGGUUCAGGCGCUGGCGAGUAUGAUGAAGAAACGGAUCACGAUGCCGGCUCAUCUGAUGCACGACGGAAGAGAUAACGAUCUGUUCGAUCAUUACGCAGCCGUGGCGCAGAGGAUUGGAGUUUACACGGCGGCGGAUUACGCUGGGAUACUUGAGUUUCUGUUGAGGUGGUGGAAGGUGGAGAGUUUGGGUUUGGGGUUAUCGGGGGAAGGGAGGAGAGCACAGGAUUAUCUGUGCACCUUGCCGCAGAGGAUCAAGAGGUUAGAGGAAAGAGCUAAUGAUAGGGUCAAGCUUGUGUCAAAACCUUCUGUUUCGUUUAGCUGGGUUUUUGGUAGAGAUGUGAAACUAUAGAGAGAGAUAUUUUUAAAAUAGUUAAACAAUGAAAAAAAUAACCAAACAAAAUAGUAUAAAUAAAUAAACUAUAUAUGUUUGUCAUCCAAAUUGUGACUUGUGGAUCUGAGUAACCAAACUAUGUGUCCAGUUUUAAUAUUUAUAUGAACAUCUCACAAUUUAUAUUUUGUUCACUAAUUAAUGUGACUUCAAAUA